CCCCGACAUAUGGCUUGAUCUCACAAAUGCCUAUUUUGGGCGACCUAAGCGACGUCAACCUCGGCGACAACACCACAUACUGGCAGAAUCGAAGUCUGACACGGGAGGAUUCGACAGUCGGACGAUUCGACACCGUCUUGCUGAAUGGCUUGGAAAUCAGUCUGACCAGUUCGUAUCAUUCCGGUCUCCUGCGGUACAAAGCAGGCUCUCCAACCAACCCCAACGCCACGGUGAGUGGAUAUGCCGAUGAGGUGUCACAAGACAUGCACGUCCUGGUCGAUCUCACCCACGCCCUACCACCCUACGACGGCGGCGACGCAUACGCGCAGAAAUUCCUGCAUGGAGAUCUUCACGUUCGCAGUGAUUCCAGCGGGCAGCCGUCGUAUUUUGGUUCGGCUACGUACAGGGGAGGAUGGGUUCAGGCUAAUCCUCAUACUCUGUACUUUUGUGGGAAUUUCACCGUCCCAGAUGGGUCGGACUUGGUGCCUACUUCUGCGUAUGUGGAACAACUUGCGAGGGACGGGGUUGUCGGUGCGGGGACUUUCAGUUGGCCGUAUGAUGCAGCUGUACCUCCUGCUUUCACCGAUCGACCUGUGCCGCAGUCAUUCAAUGAUGUUUAUGCCACUCAAGGAAGUGGUAUGGGACUUGCUGGGCUGUUCAGUUGGACGUCUGGAGGGAAUAAUGCAACGGCUGAGAAGGUGCUUGAGUCCAGAGUUGGCAUCUCGUAUAUCAGCGCCGAGCAGGCUUGUCAUAGAGUGGCAGAUGAAUUGGCAUCAGUCCCCUUCGACGAGAUUGUGUCUCAAGCGAGAGAUGAGUGGGAGAAUGAGAUUUUGGGAAAGAUUGAAGUCGUUGACGAUGGAUCCGAAACGAGCAAGAAUACAACUUUGAAGCGAAUGCUCUACACUGCGUUGUAUCAGACUGGACUAAUGCCGUCUGACAAAACUGGUGAAAAUCCUCACUGGGAGACGAACAGCAGCUACCCCUACUUCGACGAUCACUACACUCUCUGGGACACCUACCGCACCCUCCAACCCCUCUACCACCUCCUCUACACCCCCACCUACUCCCGCGUCCUCCGCGGCCUAAUCGCAAUCUUCACCCACGAAGGCUACUACCCGGCGGGUCGCUCCGCAAACUGGAACGGCCGCGUGCAAGGCGGCACCCACGCAGACAUGGUCAUCGGCGACGCGUACGUCAAAAACUCGGGCGAACUCUCCUCCUCCAUCGACUGGCAAGAAGCAUAUCGAGGAAUGCUCAAGGACGCGGACAUCCUCCCGGAACGUAACGCGGACACCGCUGCUUGGGAUGGAGCCACGAAAGAGGGACGCGGCGCGUUGGAUGAUUAUCUCGUGUUGAAGUACAUCACCCGCAACCACUCGCGGAGUUUGUCCCGUGGGGUGGAGUACUCCCAAAACGACUUUGCCAUCUACUCCGUCGCGCGCAACCUUCCGGGUGUGUCGGAGGUCGACAUUGAUCGUUUCCACGACCGGGCGAGCUGGUGGCAAAAUCAAUGGUCCUCCGCGGCGAAUACUUCCCUUUUCGUACCUUCCAUUUCUAACAGCACUUCCAACACGACGUUCACAGGAUUCGUAGCGGCGAGGAAUUCCGGGGGAGAAUUUAAUUACACCGACUAUGAUCCUCUCAGUUGUGGGGCUUGUUCGUGGGGAAGCGAUAUUUACGAAGCGAAAGUGUGGGAGACGAGUUUUUCGGCGGCGCCGCAUGAUAUGGCGAGGAUUAUUGCGUUGAUGGGUGGGGAUGAGGAGUUUGUGAGGAGGUUGGAUGUCAGUUUUUUGCCCGGGUUGGGGACGAGUGUGGGGAUUAAUAAUGAUGCGGGGAGUGCGCUUUUUAAUCCGGGCAACGAACCCUCCUUCGCCAUCCCCUUUCUCUACAACUACGUUCCCGGCCACCACUGGAAAACCGCGAACCAAACCCGCGCGACGGUGGAUGCGUUUUAUUCGGAUGCGAGGAAUGGGUAUCCGGGGAAUAUUGAUGCGGGAGCGUUGCCGAGUUGGUUGGUUUUUAAUUUGAUUGGACUUUAUCCCGUCUCAGCCCAACCCCUCUACCUCCUCGGCGCGCCUCGUUUCUCCUCUCUCAAAAUCCACCUCUUCUCCGGAACGAGCAAGGAGACGACGUUGGCUAUCAGAGCGAAUGGACUGAGUGAUAAGAGUUAUUAUCCGCAGAGUGUGACUUUUAAUGGAGAGAAAUGGGAGAGGAGUUGGUUGUCGCAUGAGGAGUUGGGGAGGGGUGGGGAGUUGGUGUUUGAGAUGGGAGAGGUGCCGGCGAGGUGGGAUACGGGGGAGAGGCCGUUUAGUAUGUCGGGAUAUAAGUAG